AGGGAUAUUUCCUCUUUACAGAUUUUCCAGAAAUGGCAGAUUAGGGGGGUAAACUUGGGUUCUGUUGUUUGGGGGUGCUGGGUCUUCACUCUCCUUCUGUCCCCAUUCCCACUAGGUCAGUGCACUGCCCUCCCUUUGGAGGCCCCCAUCUGGCUUCCCACUAAGAAGCGGGCCCCUACCCCUCUGCUCCAGAUGCCCACACCCCAACUUGUCUCACCAGGAGUCUUCAGGAUCAGGCCCUCAGGGCUGGGCCCUAAGGAUUGUUAGACUUCCGGUUUAGCCUGGGUUUCCUAAGGUCCAGAAGAUGUGGAUGUGCCGAAAGGGGUGGAUGCCAGCAAUGCACUUGUGCUACCCGGAAAGAAGAAAAAGAAGACCAAGACACCGGCCCUGUCCAGAAAGGAGAAGAAGCCUCUGACCAAGAAGGAGAAGAAGGCCUUGCAGAAGAUCUUGGAACAAAAGGAGAAAAAGAGCCAGCGAGCGGAGCUGCUGCAGAAGCUCGGUGAGGUCCAGGUGUGCGAGACCGAGAUGAGGCUGCUGUACACCACGUCCAGGCUGGGCACCGGGGAGCGCGUGUACCACAGCAGAGCGAGGCCUGAUGAGUUGGUGGCCCCCGGCCAGAAGAGGAUCAACAGCCUGAGCGGGGCCAACCGCAAGCGCCACCGCCAGCCGUCUGCAGAGGAGUCUGAGUCCUUGGAGGAUUCAGAGCCCGAUGAGACCCCAGCUGUGGACCAGGCUAGGGGUGGGGCCACGGCAACCACAGGGCAGCCUCCACCAGCCCCUGCUGUGUCCUCUGUGGAUGAGAGCCUGGCACCCUGCAGCCAGCCCGCUGUAGCCCCGGCCCCAGCUCUGGGGAAAGCUGCCACCUCGGCCCUGCCCAGGCCCCCCACGAGGCCUGCAGUGUUUGUUCCUGUGCACCGCACCCCCGAGAUGCAGGCGGAGCGGCUCAAGCUCCCCAUCCUGUCAGAGGAGCAGGUGAUCAUGGAGGCGGUGGCCGAGCACCCCAUCGUCAUCGUGUGUGGCGAGACGGGCAGCGGGAAGACCACGCAGGUGCCCCAGUUCCUCUACGAGGCCGGCUACAGCAGUGACAACAGCAUCAUCGGUGUCACGGAGCCUCGCCGUGUGGCUGCCGUGGCCAUGUCCCAGAGAGUGGCCAAGGAGAUGAAUCUGUCGCAGCGGGUUGUCUCCUACCAGAUCCGCUAUGAAGGGAACGUGACCGACGAGACCAGGAUCAAGUUCAUGACGGACGGUGUGCUGCUCAAGGAAAUCCAGAAGGACUUCCUGCUGCUGAAGUACAAGGUGGUCAUCAUCGACGAGGCCCACGAGCGGAGCGUGUACACCGACAUCCUUGUCGGCCUGCUGUCCCGCAUCGUGGCCCUGCGUGCCCAGAGGCGCCGCCCACUGAAGCUGCUGAUCAUGUCGGCCACACUGCGGGUGGAGGACUUCACGCAGAACCAGCGGCUCUUCGUCAGGCCACCUCCCGUCAUCCAGGUGGAGUCUCGGCAGUUCCCAGUGACCGUGCACUUCAACAAGCGCACGCCGCAGGAGGACUACAGCGGCGAGUGCUUCCGGAAGGUGUGCAAGAUCCACCGCAUGCUGCCCGCAGGCGGCAUCCUGGUGUUUCUGACUGGGCAGGCGGAGGUUCAUGCCCUGUGCCGCAGGCUCCGGAGGGCCUUUCCGGCCUCCAGGUCACAGCCACCAGGAGAGGAGGACGACAAGGACUCGGCCGAGGAGAUGCGCAAGUUUAAGAAGUCCAGAGCAAGGGCAAAGCAGGCCCGGGCCGAGAUGCUGCCCCAGAUCAACCUGGACAACUACUCAGUGCUGCCGGCGGGCGAGCCCGAUGAGGACCGGGAGGCGGAGGUGGAUGACGAGGAGGCCCUGGGCUCCGACCUGGACCUGGGCCUGGGGGACGGCGACGAGAGCAGGCCGGACGGAGGUGAGCAGCCGGAUGCUUCCCUGCCCCUGCAUGUGCUGCCGCUCUACUCUCUGCUGGCUCCCGAGAAGCAGGCGCAGGUCUUCAGGCCUACCCCAGAGGGGACUAGGCUGUGUGUCGUGGCCACCAACGUGGCCGAGACGUCCCUCACCAUCCCCGGCAUCAAGUACGUGGUGGACUGUGGGAAAGUCAAGAAGCGCUUCUACGACCGCGUCACCGGAGUGUCCUCCUUCCGCGUCACCUGGGUCUCCCAGGCGUCUGCUGACCAGCGGGCAGGCCGGGCAGGCCGCACAGAGCCGGGCCACUGCUACAGGCUAUACUCAUCUGCCGUCUUCGGGGACUUCGAGAAGUUCCCCCCUCCGGAGAUCACCCGGAGGCCCGUGGAGGACUUGAUCCUGCAGAUGAAGGCUCUCAACAUCGAGAAGGUCAUCAACUUCCCCUUCCCCACGCCACCCUCCAUGGAGGCCCUGGUGGCGGCAGAGGAGCUGCUGAUCGCACUGGGGGCCCUGCAGGCGCCCCCCAAAACACAAAGGGUGAAGCAGCUACAGAGGUCGCGGCUGAGCUGCCCAAUCACAGCACUCGGCAGGACCAUGGCCACCUUCCCCGUGGCGCCCCGCUGUGCCAAAGUGCUCGCGCUCAGUCACCAGCACGGCUGCCUGCCCUACGCCAUCGUCAUCGUGGCGGCCAUGACCGUGCGUGAGCUGUUUGAGGAGCUGGACAGACCCGCCGCCAGCGAGGAGGAGCUGUCAGCACUGAAGGCCCGGCGCUCCCGGGUGGCCCAGAUGAAGAGGACCUGGGCGGGCCAGGGAGCCUCGCUGAAGCUGGGCGACGUCAUGGUGUUGCUGGGCGCGGUGGGGGCCUGCGAGUACGCGGGCUGUGCGCGGGAGUUCUGCGAGGCCAACGGGCUGCGCUUCAAGGCCAUGCUGGAGGUGCGGCGCCUACGUGGCCAGCUCACCACGGCAGUCAAUGCAGUGAGCCCCGAGGCCGGGCUCUUCGUGGACCCCAAGAUGGAGCCACCCACCAAAAGCCAGGUGACCUACCUGCGGCAGAUCGUCACGGCCGGGCUGGGCGAUCACCUAGCCCGCAGGGUGCAGAGCGAGGAACUGCUGGACGACAAGUGGAGGAACGCCUACAAGACCCCGCUGCUGGACGAGCCCGUCUUCAUCCACCCCAGCUCCGUGCUCUUCCGCGAGCUCCCCGAGUUCGUGGUGUACCAGGAGAUGGUGGAGACUACCAAGAUGUACAUGAAAGGCGUCUCCGCUGUGGACGAGCGCUGGAUCCCGGCACUGCUGCCUGCCUACUGCCAGUUUGAGCCGCCCCUGGAGAAGCCCGCGCCCACCUACUGCCCCGAGAGCGGGCGUGUGCUGUGCCACCGUGCUAGCGUGUUCUACCGCGUUGGCUGGCCACUCCCUGCCAUCCAGGUGGAUUUUCCCGAGGGCGUUGACCGUUACAAGCACUUCGCCUGCUUCCUGCUGGAGGGCCAGGUCUUCCGUAAACUGGCCACCUUCCGGAGCUGCCUGCUGUCCAGCCCCAGCACGAUGCUCAAGACGUGGGCCAGGCUGCAGCCCAGGACAGAGACACUGCUGAAGGCCCUGGUGGCUGAGAAGGCCGACUGCCGUGAUGCGCUGUUGGCUGCGUGGGAGCGAAACCCCAAGUACCUGCUGCCCGAGUACCUGCAGUGGCUCCCGCAAGCAGCGCACCCUGAGGUCGAGAAAGCCUGGCCCCCCGCCUCACAGGGCUGAGCAGGCCCUGACUGCAGGCUGCUGGCGUGGGGACUGAGGGCCGGGGGCGCCCAGGAUAGCACAUCCUGAGCCCGUGCCGCACUGGCUGCCCGCAUGUGUGGCACCCGCCUCCGGCUGUUCCUUACACCGCGACCAACACCACUUCACUCAUGGCCCGAUUGGACUGGGCCGGGCUGCACCGUCCCCUGUGGAGGCUCAGGCUGGGGCCGUUCAGGCCCUCGUGGGGGCAGGGAGCCCCCGGCUCUGAAUCCCGGCCCGGCCCGGCCCCCCUCAGGGCUCUGCUCCAACCCUGGGCCUUCUGGGUGCCAUCGUCCCCAGGAGGUGGCGUCUCAGCCUCCACGGCCGGCUCAGGUCGCAGGGAGCUGACCUGACCGUGCGUGUCCUGGGCCACGCUGCAGGGAGCGCCCAGCACCGGCCAGGCCCAGACAGCGGCGAGGAUGGUCCCCAAGAAGAGGAGGACAGAGGGUUCAGGCGGUGUGGGGUCGGGGGCCCUGUCCUGCACCCCGUGUCCCGAGGGGCGAGGGUGACCGUGCAGCGAGAAAGUGGCAUGGGGGUCCGGGCUCAGCGCCCGUGGAGGCGGAGCCGUGACACCAAAGGCUCCUGCUCACACUCGGGGGCGCCCGAGCCCCACGCCAUCCCAGAACUCAUUUCAGCCUCCGGCUGCGUCCCACAGGCCCUGGCCCCCAAAGGCCGCCUCGCCAUGACUCUCACCUCAAGGGCUCGAGGUUGGGGUGCCCGGCCCUUCUGCUUCUCCAUGGCCCGAGGAGCAAAACCAGGUCCUCACCUGGAGCAGAGCCGGGCUGGGGUGGCUGCUCUCCAGGACACCUACAGUGCGGGCCAGCCGUGCCCAUGGCCACGGGAGCUCUCGUCCCCCGCCUGCCGCCCACGGUUUGCAGCCCUACAUGGGCAGCUCUCUUAGAAACUGCAGGACACUGACACACUGUGUGUUCCCUCCUCUAAGAGUACUGCUACCCGGCUCCAGAGUAUUUUUGUAACCCUAGAAGGAAGCCCAUACCUAGCAGCAGUUUUACCCAUCCCCCCAGUUUCUUGCUUGAGCCCUCCAGGAGCCCACCUUCUGUCUUAUCUUUGCCUGCUCUGGAUGUUUGGAUAAAGAGUCAUAUGGUUUGUAA